AUGACUUGGUUCAUGAAAAUUCUUGAUCAACCUAUUGCAAGAAGUGUUCUACAUUUUCCCACUGCUUUUGAUAUCUGGAACAAUCUGCAUGAAAGGUUUGGACAAACAUCAGGCACACAAAUCUUUUCCAUCUUUCAACAAUUGGCUGAUACUGAGCAAGGUUCUGACUCUAUUUCCUCUUUCUAUACUAAACUUAAACUCUUAUGGGAUGAACACGAUGCCAUACAACCCUUGCCUUCUUGUGUCUGUAAUGGCUGCACUUGCAGAAUCACUUCCAAGCUUCUAAAAAUACAAGACGAACAAAGGCUUAUAAUUUUUCUAAUGAAACUCAGCUCCUCCUUUACACAAGUUAGAUCUAACCUGCUCAUGCAAUAUCCGCUGCCUGCUAUAAGCCAUGCUUACAGACUCUUAAUACAAGAGGAACAGCAUAGACACUACUCUGAAUUUACAACUGAGACUCCUCACGCUUUCUUGGGCAACAACAGGUCUAGACAACACAAUAGACUCUCUUUUUCCCAAACCUCUGUCAAAUAUGAUAUCUCAAGGAAAUCAAGACCUUUUUGUGAUUACUGCAAAAGAGCAGGAUAUAUUAGGGAUAAAUGCUUCAAGUUACAUGGCUAUCCUUCUAAAUCCUCUACUCUACCCCAAGGCAACUGGAAAGGGAAACAAGUUGCUGCUGCUAUAACAAAUGAUCAUACUGACACCAAUGAGUUCUUCACCCCUGCAUCUUUUACCCAGGAACAAUACUCCCAGAUCCUGACUCUUCUUAGUCAACAACAGCAUGAAACUACUCCCACUCUUAAUGAAGACUCAAACAAUGCUUGCUUCCUUGCUGGUAAAUCUUGUUUAUUCUCAUCUACUAAACUAUGUGGAUUCUUGAUAGUGGUGCAACUAAUCACAUGA